AUGCACUGUGGGGAUGCACCGUUCUCGGUGAAGACGCUGCUGGAGAAGCACACUGCUGAGCCCAUCGACGACUCCUCCGAGGAGUUCGUCAACUUCGCCGCCAUCCUCGAGCAGAUCCUCAGCCACCGCUUCAAAGGCCCCGUCAGCUGGUUCAGCUCGGAUGGACAACGUGGCUUCUGGGAUUACAUCCGUCUGGCCUGCAGCAAGGUGCCCAACAACUGCGUCAGCAGCAUCGAGAGCAUGGAGAACAUCAGCACCUCCAGGGCCAAGCAGGGGGAGCCCCCUCCAUCCCUGGCCCUGAGCCACCCCCGUCUCCAUCCCCAUUCCCAACUCCCAUCCCUGGACCCAUUUCCAUCCAGGACACUCUAUGACGACGGGGCCAUCAUGCUGCGGGAGGAAUCCACGCUGCUGGUCGGGAUGCUCAUUGGGCUCGGCGCCAUCGACUUCAGCUUCUGCCUGAAAGGUGAGGUGAUGGACGGCAAGGUGCCGGCGGUCAUCGACUACACGCCCUACCUGAAGUUCACACAGAGCUAUGACUACCUGAGCGAGGAGGAGGAGCGGGGCAGCAUGGGGAGCAGCACCAGUGAGGACAGCUCACCUGAGCACCCCUACCUGCCGCUGGUCACCGACGAGGACAGCUGGUACAACAAGUGGCGCAAGAUGGAGCAGAAGUUCCGCAUCGUUUAUGCCCAAAAGGGGUACCUGGAGGAGUUGGUGAGGCUGCGGGAGUCGCAGCUGAAGGACCUGGAGGCGGAGAACAAGCGGCUGAAGCUGCGGCUGGAGGAGGCGGUGGUGCAGAACCAGCUGGAGAAGAAGGAGCUGGAGGGCGUCAUCCUGGAGCUGCAGGAGCAGCUGACGGGGCUGAUCCCAUGUGAGAACCCACAGCUGGCGCAGCUCUCCAAGGAGAUGGUGACACCUUUGGUGAACCAGUGGCCAUCGCUGGGGACGCUCAAUGGCAACGAGAGCGGCUCGGACAGCAAGCUGUACAGGAGGCACAGCUUCGUGAGCACCGACCAGCUGUCGGCCGAGAACAGCCUCAGCUCCGACUCCCAGCGCCUGGGCGAGGGCAAGCGCGAAGGCGAGCCCUGGGGGCCCUUGGGGAAGGACCCCACGCCCUCCAUGCUGGGGCUCUGCGGCUCCCUGGCCUCGCUGCCCAGCUGCAAGUCCCUGGCCAGCCUCAAGUCCAACGAGUGCCUGGUGAGCGACAGCAACGAAGCCAGCCCCACCCGCAGCCCCAGCUGAGACCCCCGGCCCCCCCGUCCGGCAGCGCCGCGGAGGACUGAACCUCAUCCCCUCCUUGCUGGGACCGACGGAGGAUGAAGGACACAGAGCCGUCGGGAUGGGGAUGGGACGUGAAUGCCCCCAUAUCCACCCGAGCUGGGCAGGGGGGAUGAACUGUGCGGCACGGGGAACCCUGGAGAGCGCUGCUGGGUGCAGAGGAGGGGUUUGGGAUUCAAACGCCCCCUCCUCAGCACCCGUGGGACCCAACUGCUUCUCCUGCAACACCAUCCCCGCAAGUGAGAUAGGAACCCGCUCCCCUUCCGUCCCCUUUUCCCUCUGGGUUUGGAUUCAACCUCAUCUUGCCUUGUUGGUGCAAAAAGGAAUCAAUAAACACAGUGAUAGGAGCUGGGCUCUGCGUGCAGCCAGCCAGUGGGGUGAGGGAAAAGAGCAAAGUGCCCCCCAGGCGUGAUGGGGGACUGCAGGGCCCCCCAGCUGGCAGCUCCCUAUAGCAGAGCACAGCUGGGGGCUGCCAGCCAGGUGAGCAUCACUCUGCCCUUUGUGGACUCCACACCCUAAGAGGCCUUUAGUUUUAUUUAAGAAAAUAAGAGAAACUGCCCUCCGAGGUGGAAGGAGGGCAGCUCCCACAUGGGGCAGACCCUCGUGGUGAAGGGUCAGGUCACAGAUCCAAGCCUGGCCCCUCAGAGCAGCAGGGAGGUCUAUCCCCACACAGGGUCCAAACCCAGGGAGGUCCUGAGGAGGAGGAAAGGUCCGGAGGCAGAGCUGUGGUGAGUCCCCAUGCCAUGCAGGGCUACAGGGGAGGCUGUGCGUAACGAGGAAGGGCAGGAUGGGGGACAAAGCGGGGCUCGGGCACACGGAGCAGCCCCCAGGGUUUGGUCCAGCAUGGAGCCCCGGCCCCCACCCUCAAGGAGGCUGGGAGCACCCAGCCCGAGUCCAGCAGCAGCAU